AAAGUUUUCAGCAUGGUAAUAAAAUGAAAGAGGUAAAGACAAAAUUCUCUCCUCAAGCUCCAACAGUCAACUUUUUUAAUGUCUUGAUUUGAUUCAUAUGUAUUCCAUUAAUAUAUCUCUCACUAACAGUCACAUUGUUCUCUUCUCACACCUGGUGGGCGGAGCUCCACCUUAUUUUUAUAUUUUUUCGGAGCUUCGGCUUGCUGCUGCUUCGCUGUUGGAAUGAGGAGGACGAACAGAAGAGCAGGUGACAAGGUGAACGAAAGUGAAAGUGUGUCGGAGCAACAAGUGUUUCUGAGCAGCAGUUUCGGAGCACUAGUCUCUCAACACGGAUCUGUUAAAUCCACCCAAGUUUGUCAUCCAGCCGACAAACAUCACCUUGGUGGAGACGUUACAUGCGUAGACAUGUCUUCUGCAAACUGCCUGCUGUCUGAAGAUGACUUUCUGUGCCCCAUCUGUCUGGAUAUGUUCACUGAUCCAGUCUCUACACCAUGUGGACACAACUUUUGCCAGCACUGCAUCACUACACACUGGACCAUGAUUGUCCCGUCCCAGUGUCCCGUGUGCAAAGAGGUUUUCUACACUAGACCCCAGUUGAGGGUCAACACUUUCAUCUCGGAGAUGGUUGCUCAGUUCAGACAUGAAGCUCAGCAGACAACCAGCGGCAGCAGCUCAGAACAACACGUUUCCAAAGGAGGAGACGUUUCCUGUGACAUCUGCACUGGAGCCAAACUGACGGCCCUGAAGUCCUGCCUGGUUUGUCUGGCCUCCUACUGCGAGACUCACCUGGAGCCUCACCUGUCGGCUCCACGCCUGCAGAGACACCAGCUGAUCGACCCCGUGGACGACCUGGAGGACAGGAUGUGUCCGACGCACGGAAAACCUCUGGAGCUGUUCUGUCAGACCGACCAGACCUGCGUCUGCAAACUCUGCCCUGUUUUAGAUCACAAGACACAUGACGUGGUUCUGUUGAAAGAAGAGUAUGAAGGAAAGAAGGCAGAGCUGGAGACGACGGGGCCUGAAAUUCAGAAGAUGAUCCAGGAGAAACGAGUGACGAUUGAGGACAUCGAACGCUCGGUGAAGAUCAGUAAAGAGGAGGCAGACAGAGAGAAAGCCGAAGGUGUUAAGGUCUUCACUGCUCUGAAGGAGUCGAUAGACAAAGGCCUGAACGAGCUCAUGGACGAGAUCGAAGACAAGCAGACGACGACGGAGAAACAGGCUGAAGACUCCAUCACAGAGCUGGAACAGGAAAUCUCUGAGCUGAUGAAGAGGAGCACUGAGGUGGAGCAGCUCUCUCUCUCUGAAGACCACAUCCACCUCCUCCAAAGCUUCCCAUCCCUGAAAGCUGCUCCGACCGCCAAGGACUGGAGGAAGGUCAGAGUCCGUCCACCAUCACACGAGGGGACAGUGGCGAGAGCAGUGUCUCGGCUGGAGGAGACGCUCAGUAAAGAGGUGAAGAAGCUGAAGGAGGCUGAGCUGAGGAGGGUCCAGCAGUUUGAAGUGGACGUGACUCUCGACCCCGAUACAGCGAAUCACUGGCUCGUUUUGUCCGAUGACGGAAAACAAGUACACGACGGUGAUGUGCGGCAGAGUCUACCAGACAACCCAGAGAGAUUUUGUCCUUGUACAAAUGUCUUCGGAGAGCAGAGUUUGUCCUCGGGUAGGUUUUACUUUGAGGUUCAGGUUACAGGGAAGACUAAAUGGGAUUUAGGAGUCGCCAGAGAGUCGAUCAACAGGAAGAAAAUCAACACUCUGAGCCCUGAGCUCGGUUACUGGACGAUAUGGUUGAGAAAUGGAAAUGAAUACAGAGCUCUUUCUGACCCUGAUGUCCGUCUCUCCCUGACGUCUCGGCCUGACAGGGUCGGGGUGUUUGUGGACUAUGAGCAGGGUCUGGUCUCCUUUUACGACGUGGAUGCUGCGGCUCUUAUCUUCUCCUACACCGGCUGCUCCUUCACCGAGAAGCUCCGCCCGUUCUUCAGUCCCUGCAAUGCCGAUGAUGGUGAAAACUCCGCCCCUCUGAUCAUCUGCGCUGUCAAGCAAACUGGGUAGAUUAAUAACUUUAGUUAUUAUUACCGACGCCAAGGAUUUUAUGUUUUCACCCCCUGUUUGUCGGUCAGCGGGAUGAAAACCUCCUGAACAGUUAUCCAGUAAACUUGAUGGAAGGAUGGAACAUGGAACAAGCAAGAAUCCAAUUAAACGUUGGUUAUUGGAUCUGGACAAAGGGGGCGGAGACAGGAAUGUUUGAUCUCUCUCUUUAAUAUUGUGAAAUAGAAGGUUUUUUAACAUCACUGAUUUCACAGAAUAAAUCGUGGAUCGAGAUGAAAACUAUCGGACACAUUUACUGAGUGAUUCUAUUCUAGGAACUUUAACGUCACACGAUAAGAACUUUCUGACAGUGUUUGCCAUGAUAGUCUUCAUGAUUCUGUAUGGAUGAAUAUUAAUCAGGGUUGUUUCACCGAGGCUCACACGGGUCGAUCACAUUAUGAAUGGGUGGUGGCAGAAACCAGAGCAGGAUGUGUGAGCGCUUUGUGUUACUAAUAAAAAUAUUUUUCUAUC